AUGACUGCUCCUGCGCCUGCGAGCCGCCUGGGACGCUUUUUCCUGCCCGUGACCGGACUUCUAUUCAUCGGCCCGGUGAUCGCAGGCGCAGCAGCAACCAACUACCUCGACAAGCGCUACUCGCCAACCCACACCACCGGCCUGUCCGCCACCGAGGCGCGCGCCCUGCGCCAGCGCGAGCAGAACGCCGCCUUGAUGUCUGCCUACGGCGACCGCGAAUCGCUCGAGGACGUGCAGCGAGCCAUGGAACUCUAUGAGGUGCAGUGA